CGGAAGUGCCCUUUGUUUUGGUUCUUGGCCACGGCGGGAAAGCUCUCUCAGGAAGUCUGCGAAUUAAAUGAUAAUGCCGUCCAAACAGCAGGAUGAGGCCAAAUCUAAAAUCUCUCCUGUGCUCUUCAUGACUGUGUCCGGUGAGCCAAUGUCUUUCUUCCUGAGGCCGGGUCCUGUCAAACGGAAGCUCCAGCCGCUCAUCACAGCUGGUGGAGGGAUGCUGUGUAAUGUACAGAAGCCUGGAGCCAUCCUCCUGAUUGACCCUGAGGAGAGAGCCUCUGUUUCUGAAACCACAGCUCACUGGUAUAUUUCCACUCAGUACGUUCAUGACUGCAUUGAGAAGGAUGAACAGCUGACCUUAGAGGACUACAGAUUAAAUCCUGAGGUAGAAAAGGCAUAUUCUACUAGACUGAGAAACAGCAAAGAGAGCCCUCCGGCCUCUGCAGGAGGUAGAACUGCCUACACCGCCAAGGAGGAUGCUGCCAUUUUGAAUUAUGUAAGGAAACAUAAAACAGAGGCUGGGGGAAACAAACUAUGGCAAGAAAUGGAGAAGCAACGUGUGACCAGUCACAGCUGGCAGUCGAUGAAAUACCGCUACAGAGUGCGACUGGCCCACAAACUAUCAGAGUCUGAGGAGAAGCAAACAAAGGGAGACGGAAAUUUAGAGACAGAAGCUCAGUCAUCCUCCAGUAAUGAUGCAGAUGUUUCUCCAAAGACACAUUCAGAAGGCCCUGAACCUGUCAAGACAGAUACAACAGAAACAGAAUUGACACAGAUAGAUGCACAGCCAAUAUCAGAUGAAAGUACACAAGCAGAAGAUGCAGAGGCUCAAACAUCCACCUCUCCCCAAGAAGAAGUACAGGUUGUGAACCCACUAACUAAGGAACAGCCAGUUGAAGGCACACAAGUAGAAACUGUAGAAGCUGAAACAUCUAACUGCUCCCAACUUGAGGAGCAAUGUUGGGAACUGGAGACCAAUACCCAACUUGCUCUGAAUGAGAGCCCAGAACCAGAAGCAGUGGAACCAACUAUUUCCCCUGAAACAGGAGAUGUACCAGAGGACCACCCACCAUCUCAACCUGACUCUCUGCUUGAAACACCCUCUCAGAAUGUCCUCAGUAAGAAGCAGAAGGCCUCCCCAAAGGAGGCCCAAGGAGAGCCUCCGACACGAGUAACCCGCAGGCAGCUUAAGCUGGAAGGGCCUCAGCCUUACAACAAAAAACUCAGAUCAUCAUCAACCCCUAACAAGUCUUCUCCCGAGCCCUCAAAGAAAACCAAAUUAUCAAUAAGGUCUGCUCAUCAAAAAGACAUAACAGCUGACCAGCCGCCGGUGAAAAGGGCCAGAGGAAAAGGCGGGGCUAAAGUGCUGGCAAAUGAGCAGGAAGAAAGUGAAGAAAAUGGCACCUCUAAAACAGAACAGCCAGGUGAUGAAUCCAGUUCAGUGACACAGAAGGGACAAAAGAAAACAGAAAAGAGAAAGUUGGGAAUUCUUGAAUUGGCCACAAAGGAGUUUGAAGAUGACAGUGAGGCUGAUGAGGAUGAAUCUCCAGAUCUCCAAAACAAAACUGAAACAGUUGCAAUGCAGUCAGCUUUGACAUCAGACCCAUCUUCAGAUGUACCUUCAUCAGUCUUGAACUAUGAACAUGGAGCAACCGUUCAAGAGCCUGCAGAAGACACCCAGGCCUCCAGUGGCUGCCAUUUGGCUGAGGUGGAUGUUCCUGAGCCUGCAGAAUUUCAGACUGUGGCGUCUGAACCUGCACCCUCUGAACCUGCACCGUCAGAGGUCCACACCACCUCCAAAGCCCACCUCUUUAUAUUUGACCAUGAAUCUCAGGAAGAAGACUCGGAGUCCCUCGUUGGUGACGGUGCAGCACAUCCUCCAGACUCACAGACAAAACUGAAUGGAGACACUGCACCUUCACUGACUCAGGCUCAGUUAGAGGAGGACAAGCAGCGAAUCAGGGACUUAAUGAACCAGACAAAUCAGGACUUAGCGAGUGUGACCAAAGCUCUACUGAAGACCAGUGGAGACUGGUCUGCUGCACUGGAUCUGCUUUUGGACCCCUCCUCUUUUUCUGGACCAUUUUGGACUUACUCAGAUGACAGCCUUCUGGAUUCUGCUGAUCCCGAUGAUCGUCACAUGCUGCAGGAGAAAUAUGGCGAGGAGGGUGUGGCCAAGAGACUAGUGUUCCUUGCGGUAGAGGGGUCAAGUUGAAAGACAGGAAGUGAGUGCGAACAUGGGAGUAGAAGAACGACGGAACAAACUAGUUCCCUCAUCAGCAGCUUCUGUGAUGAUAUUCAGGAUUUUGUCAAAGUGCCAGUUGUCUAUUUUAUACAGUGUGAAUUUGUGGACCUUCUUCCAUUACUUCUGUCAUACUUUGAGACAAAAAAAGUCCCAGGGUAAAUUUUAGAAGUUCAUAUGUUAAUAGAGGCUGUAGUUACCAAACUUUAGGCCUUUAACAACAUAUUUUAAUGAUUUUUUUUAGCAUUAAUGAAUGGAUGGAUGGAUGGAUGGAUGGAUGGAUGGAUGAAAUACUGUACUGUAUUUUUUUAUUGUUAAUACAUUCAUACAAAAGUGUACAAUAAGUUAAAUAAACUGUAAAUGCCUAAAUGCAUGGACUGUACUCUGUAACCCUUAGGGACUGUUGUGCACAUUUUACGUGCUUUUCAUUUAUCUUUUUUGGUAAUUUUGGUUGUGUUCAUGCAUAUGGCAUGAAUUUUGGCAAGAUUGUGUAUUUUUAUUGUAUCUUAUUAGUUCCAGAUCAGCUCCCACAGUAGGUCUAAAAUUCAGUGUGUAUAAACAAGUGUUACGCUUGUACUGUUCAGCACAAAAGAUGUGCCAUUGAAACCCAUUCAAACUUCAAUUUUUGAGCUCACGUUCAUUAAAGCGUGAUACACGUGUUUUAUUAGAUUUGUCUUAGAAUUGAUCAUUUUCACUACUCUUCACCAAAUGGCGUCACUUUGACCAUUUAUUCGCAUAUUGAGAAAUAAAACAGCACAUCCACCAGACAGCUUUUAACCCUGAGAAGUAGGUGUUUGUAUGUGGGUGUAAUUCAAUACAAAUGUUUACUUUGCUUUUUUUUUUUAUCUAAAAACAUAAUUGCAUCAUGACAAAAACCUGCCAUUGAAAGGCUUAAAAUAUAUAUAAAAAAAUUAAUAUUUGAUAUCAAUGAAAGUAGAAUAUAAUAUUAAUGUGCAAUAUUUUUUUAGACCUUUUAAAAAGCACAUUUUUUGUGUUUAGCAGUACAAGUGUGACUAAUAUUAGAACUGGCCCCAAAGGUUAAAUUCUUACUGAAAAAUACCAAACAAAUCACACACAACACACAUUAAUUUUUAUCCAAUCCACCAUUUUAUUUCAUUUACCCCAAUAUCAACUGAGUACAUUCAUAAUUUUGAAACCAUUUGCCCCCAGACCCACAUGAAUACAUUAUACCAAGAUUUGAACCAAAAAAUAUACAGACAAAUCUAAGAGAGAAAAAGAAUUAAUUUAGAGCUAAGAAAAACAAAGAAAAUCAACCAUUUAACCUGGACCCAUAGAAAGGGAUCUGAUGCAAAUGAAACACAGAGGUCUUCAGAUUUUACCCAAAUAUGGUCACAAAUAUUGCUGCAGCUUUUAUGUUCUGUCUGAUUAAAGAAAAUAAAAGCAAAUGUGAUAAUGGUGUUAACAGCACAUACGCAAAUGAACAUGUAAAAUUGUAUGUUGACACAAAACCAUGUAAUCCCAUUGCUACACUGAUUAAAAACCACUCGUAUAAAACCCUUUUAAGUAAGAAACAUUCACAUCCAUCAGGAGCAGAUUUACGUUAUACCUUUAGGUCACAUACUGUAAGUUGGUCAGGUAAGAAACACCAGUAAAGCAAUACAUACCAAGGUCUCCAAUAACAUAACAGCACACCACAGAUCCCUGGAUUUCAAAGCUACAUUUUUUGCUCAGCUUUUACUUUUAAGGUCUUUAGAAGAUGCCUCAAAUCAAGCUACAUUCAGCAUAGAGGGUUGCAACAGUUGUUU